GUGCAUAUCGUAUGGUAGUCUUCAAGAAGAUCAAUGGCUGUUGCAUUGUAUUGAACUGUUUAUGCCUGUAAAUGAAUCAUGUCACAUGCAGUUUUAACAUGCCAAAACUUUGUUGACGUUUGGAAAUAAACGUCGGUUAGUCCAAAUAAUUUUAAAAAUUUCAACAUGGCUGACAGUACUGAUGCUCCAAUAGAUCUAGUGUUCGGUGAGGAUGAUGAAGCUGACCAUGAUCAGAUUUUAUUGGACAUUGAAACCCCAAGAGGCAAACCACCAGAUCUGACAAACCUGUUUCAAGCCAGCAUUGAAGCUCCAUCUAUAAUUGUUUCUGAGCCAGAUAGUGCACCUCAAGAAGAACAGAUAUUUGAUGACAAUAGCAAGGCAGAUACAUGUUUCAAUGUUUUUGAAGGUGUCAAUGAUGUUGGUGAUGUUAAUGCAAUAAGUGCUGAUGAUGAUUCCAAUGGUCAGAAUAAAAAUGCAGACAAUAGUGAAGAAACUCAUGGAAAGGAAAGGUUUGAUGAUGAAAAUGUUCAUUCAGGAAGCUCAAUUAUAGAGGCAGCUGAUUCGAAUAAUUCUGCAGCUAAUAAAGAUCCUUUGAAAACACAAAAUGAAAAGGUUAUGGACAAGAAAGAUGAGACUAAUAAGAAUACCAAUGUCACUGAUGGUAAUGACAAGAACAAAGUUGAUAGCAGAUCUGGGAAAGUCAAAGAACCAUUAAGACCAAUGAUAUCAUCUGGAGUCCCAUCUCUUAGUGAGAAACAAAAAUCUACAAAAAAAACUGGCGAAGAGUCAAAUGAAGCCUACAGCACUCAGUCUAAGGAGUUCUCUGAUCUGAAACAGCUGGACACAGAAAUAAAAGCAGUGAUUGAAACAGGGAAGGAGAUUGCCCAUGGUGAUAAUACGAUAGCCACAGACGUGAGUCUUAGUGGUAUUAUGAUGACAGAGAAACAGGAGGAGAAUUCUGAUGAUGAGUUUGACUUUGAUCUCCCUCCAGCCGCCCAACAAAAGCAGGGGCCAACCCAUCCAGUCCCAGUCUCUCAAACUUCAGCUCCAAAACCUCCAGCACCUAUAUAUCCAGCCCCAGAACUCCAGGCACAGGGUGGUCAAUCAAGCAAACCAGCCACUGUCCCAAGUGGGUCAGUAGGGAUUCAGCCAUCUGUUGGGGUGGUGAACAGUAGCAGGGUGGAUUCAAGGGAGACAACUCUUCCAUUUACAUCUGCCUCCAGUGUAAUUACCUCCCCUGGUGCAGGGAAAGCUGCUGUGGGCCAGAAACCUGUGGCUAUUAUAAAGCCGACAACUCAAGUACAGAAUGUGGAUGUGGUUUCUAUACCUCAGACACAGCCUGUUAAUCAACCUACUGUUGUCACUGCAACAUUUGCGCCUAGCCACAGUGGCCUUGAAGCUGCACAGGAUGAGUGGGACAAAGUUACUACUAUACAGGCUGGUUUCAAGGGCACAAGCACUGAGGCUAGAGGUGUGGAGCCCACCAUAGUAGAAACAGUUAAACCCAUGUCCACUUACGAGUUCAUUGAAGCCAUGAAAACACAAGACUUCUCCAAUGUCAAGGGCGGUAUCAAGUGCAAUGUAGAGAGGCGGGGCUUAUCUGCGUUCGUUAAUUUGUUGUUUGGGCCUCCAAAACUUCACCGAGAUCUCCUGUCUGAAAGAGAAAGGGUCUUCUGUAUUGCUGCUAGUCAACUUAGCAAUGAUAACACCAUCCAUAUGCGGACUUUACAGACAAUAUACAAGAGCCUGACUGGGUCCAAGUUUGACUGCCCUAGAAUGGGCAGUCACUGGGAGGAGAUUGGAUUUCAAGGGAUGGACCCUUCUACAGACCUUCGAGGUGCAGGACUUCUGGGUCUCAUGAACCUGCUCUAUAUUCUCAAGGACCCUAAGAAGAUGUCUCUGGCCAGUGAUAUAUACAGACUCUCCAUUCAUCCAACACAGAAUUUCCCAUUCUGUGUGAUGGGCAUUAACCUAUCUAGGAUCACACUUCAAACACUCCGAGAAGAUCUCCUUAACAAGGAGUGUAAUCGUCGAGGUGAUGUUAUGUCCGUGGUCAACGAGUUCUACGCAGCUCUCUACUUCCAAAUGUACCAGGUUUGGAAGACACAGGGCAAGACAAUCUCAGACUCAGGAUAUGUUAUUAAAGAGUUGGAGAUACGAGCAAAAAAGAACCCGAGAGAUAUUCUCCGCCAUCUUGAUGAGUAUCUCAACAGAAAGACGGUGGUUGUGCCUCAAGUACAGUCAGACGCCGGGGGAGAUAACUUUACAAAUGUCUGUGAUGACUGAAUGAACAAUACUCAAAAGCUACUUGGAUGUAAUAUUUUGAUGAGCCAUAAAUUGUACGAAAUCAUGUUGAUCAACUCAUGGUUUAUUAACACUAGAUUGAUUUUUAGCAAGUCUGUUAUUCAAAGAAAAAAGUUAAAGCUGCCAGUUUGAAUCGUUUUGACCACAUUUUUAUUUUUUGUCUUUGAAUGGGCCAAUUUUGGGGUAAAUGUCUGGAAAAUGGUAAUAAAAGACUGUUGACAAAGAUCAGAUCGCAAUUUAUCAUAUUUAAGUUUGAAAAUUGAUUAUUUAUGGCAUUACUAACACUUGAAGAAAAUGAACUUUGCUGCAGUUUUACCAAACAUUUGAGAUUUAAUCUAUUGUGAAUUAUUUAAUUUGACUGAAUUGAAGGCAUUCAUGUCCAAAUCAGCCGAUUCUGAGACAACUAUUUUAAAAAGUGUCAAAACUUACAACUUGUGAGAGUGCAGCUUUAAGGUAAUGUCAUAGCUUUGGUGUCAUUUUAGUUGUCGCUGUUGUUGUGCAAAAAAUCAAACCUUGACUGUUACUCAAAAACUAGUUCUUUUUUAAGAUAUAUUGAGCUGAUUAUCAUUGAGCACACAGGAGCAAGUGAUGUACCAAUGCUUGUGUUCUUUGGCAAGGUGACUUAGAGUUUAGGUCACACUUACAUAGAGUUCAAUGUUUUCCUUCAUACAUAAGCCACUGCUCAGGCUUAAAGGAGAAGUAACUUGAGACUUUGAAAAACACCAUACUAGUACUUGUGUAGUUGUAUUGUGUUUUAUGUGUAAUGUUGUCUGUGAUAUGUUUAAUCAGUUUCUGUGUGGUUAAUUGUAGGGUUAUAGUAUGUGAACCUCCUAAGUAAUGAUAUUAUUUUGUUAAGACUUUAUCGCUAUAUAUGCUGUCCUUCUUUAAUGAUCUUUGGUAGUUCUGUAUGUUUGAAAUAACCUGAUUCAAUUGUCUUUAGUUCCAUAUCCAAAUUUAAAAAUAAAAUGAUUUUAGAGUGUUUUUUAUUAACUUAGCCAUGAUCUAGGAGGCCCAUUUAUGAAACUUAAUAUCAUUGGGCCAAUGAGUUCAGUUUGAUAUACGAUAAGUGUAAUUAAAUUUUCUUUUAGAUGCAUUGCAAAUUCAAAAAAAGCUUUAUCUUGCAAAAAACAACCUAGCCAAACAAUUCAUUAGAACAAAGCUUAUGGUCAGUAUAUACGUUUAUUUUCAGGAUAAAGAAACAAACUACUGGUUGCACAGGGCCUUUUGAUUUUCUUAACUUUGCCUGACAAGUGUGGACAAAAGAGAUUGAUAUAAUCAUUAAUUGAGCUUAUAGUGUUACUUAACACCUGUUACAUAUGAAUGCCUUAGUGUGGUCAACCAGUUUGUUGUUUAAAUUAAAGGGACUUUUCAGGCACGUAGGAGCUGGGGCUGCAGGGACCGCGACAGCGGCCCCAAUAUUCUGGCUAGUAAUGGCAAUGGGACCGCGAAUAUUUGAUACCGAAGUUCUUCAUAUUGAACAGAAUAAGUCUGAUUGUAUUUAAUUUCAUGUGGCAUGUAAGCAAUCGCUUCUUGCAGUGACGAAUCUUCAUUAGGAGCUCAAUAAGAGCUUUUGUUCAUAAAUAUCUGAAAACUUCACAGAAAAAUUGAAUUAACGAAUAUUUGGAACGAAUAUUAAGUGGUGUUUGUUCAAAAUGAAAUAUAAACCUUAAUUUGAUCCAUGAGAGAGUGUCUAUUUAAUAUUUUUUUUUUCUACUUUUGUAUUGUUGUGUUAUGUAAACUUCUAUAAUCUCUCUCUAAUGUUUCUGUGAUCUCAGCCUUUCCAAGAUUGUGUUACAACUUGGUACUUUUGUAUUGUAUUUAUUGAGAUAGAAAGUGUUGAAGUGUCGUAGUUAUAUUUUUUAGAUGUUUGUCAGAAUUUCAAUUGUGCUUAUAAAUAAUAUGAGUCCAUUGUUGAAUAAAGUAAAAAAAAGUGACACAAAUGACUUGGCUCGACCAUUCAAAGAAUAAGGAGAUCUAGACUACUCACCCUGGCAUUGGCCUCAGGGUCACACUUUGUUUAAGGUUUUGCAUGUAAGCAGAUUUAAGUCAAUAACUACUUGAUGUAUUCCAUUGAAACUUUAUACAACCAAACAUGUUAACUUUUUCUUGCAUUUAAUGCAAAGUUUUCCCCUUUAUUAUUUGACAUAGAAAUUAUUGUUAAGGUUUUGUAUGUUAUUUCAUUUUAUAUUGAUCCAUGCAUGCUUCACCCAAACUUUGCAUACUUAACCUUAAAAGCGGCAGAAAAAUCAAGCGCGCUGUCUCUGUGACAGCUCUUGAUUAUUCUUACAAUUAAUGUAUACUCCUAAAUAAAAAAAAACUGCAUGCACUUUGGAUGACAAUUAGUGAUGCUUUAACUCGAACUCUGCGAAGAUAGCAAAAAAAAAUAGAUAAAGUAAUUUAUGAAUUUCGUAUAGGAUCACGGUACAUGACGGUGCAUUUUUUACUUUAAUGCUUAUUUAAGCUAUUCAAAAUCAAAUAUUUGUGUAUCUUUCCACAAUCACUUUGAAAUGCACGUACUUUCUAUAACUUUAAAUAUAUAUAAUGUGUUCACAUUCAAACAUUGGUUAUUCAUUUGUAUAUGAUUUGUGUAUUUAAAUAACAUUUAUAGGCAAGUUUGUUAAGUUUCAAUGUUUUUAAACUGUCCUUCAAAAGGUGAACCGUGUCGAUGAUACGACCAAGGUCAUCAGUUCUGUCCAUACAAUAGUUGCCGUUGCAAGAUUUGCAACAUGCCCGAAAUCUAUUUCGAAAUAUCACAUGGGAUACGCGACAGAAACAUGUUGGAAAUCUUGCAACGGUAAGGUUGAAUGGUCGAAGGUCGAAAAAGGUUGUAAAUACAAAGACGAAAAAAUAUUGAUGACUUUACAUAAUGAUUUUUUGACUUUAUUCAAUGAUGUUCCAACUUAACAUAAUGAUGAUCUGACUUUAUAUAAUGAAGUCUUAGCUUUAUAAUGAGGGUUUACUUUUCAUGACUUUUUAUCUUUGAAAUAAUGUUUUAGCUUCAUAUAAUUAUAUUUUGCCUACAUAUACAGACUUUAUACCUGUUUAUAAUGAAGUAUAUGUGCAUAAUAAAAUUGAAUGUAUUAGACAUUAAUCUGUUCAAAUGCCAUGUAUCAUUAAUAUGUUUUGUCUAUAUUAUAUUUUCUUAUUCAAAUUAUGGUUUAUCAACAGUUGAAUGCAUGUUUUUUUUUACAUGUUUACGGCAAUAAAGUUCUGUCUGGCUGUUUGUCUGUUUGUCUAUCUUCGUGUAUCUUCAACAAUGUUGUAAUAAGCUAUAAACACUAUUUGAUA